AUGUUUAUGAAAAAAUUUAUGAAGGCAAACAAUAAACGAUUCUAUUACAGGUGUACCAAUUAUGUUUAUAAAAUCUCUAAAAAUGAAGAUACAAGUAUAUUAUUAUAUAAUUAUAUGUUGAAUAAUAUACAACAAUAUUUCAAAUUUCUUAAAUAUUUAUUAUUUUUUCAUUUACUUUUAUUUACAUAUAUAUACAACAAGCAUAACACCAAUAAAUAUUGCAAUGAUAAACAUCAUUUUAUAAAUAACUCAUAUAAUAAAUUACUAAAUAGAUCAUUAGCAGAAGUUAAUGAAAACAAUAGUUCGUCGAUCAAAAAUAAAGUAAAUCAGAAUGUAACUCGGUUAAGACGAGAAAAACCUUAUAUUGAUGACAAUAAUAAAAAAUGUGAUAAAAAUGAACAUGAUAUAACACAAAAAUUCACGUGUAUCGAUAAUACAUAUAAGGAAUCGAAAAUUAAACCUACGAAUUUAGAGCAGUUAAUAUUUAAAAAAAAAGAAGAAGAAAAACAUUUUGACACAAGAAAUGAUUUAUCAUUUAUUGAAAAAAUUAAAUUCGUAUGUGAUGCAUUUGAUGACCUUUUCAUAGAAAAAAUAUUAGAUUUUCAUCUUCAAAAAAAGACUUCAGAAUUCUUGAGAAUAACAAUGGAAACUCUUGUAGCACAAUAUUUAGCAUUUUUCCCUUUUUCAUUAGCAAGAUUUAGAUAUUUAGUAGAUCGAAUAAACUUUUUUAAUGUACGUCAUUGUGGAAAAAAAAAAAAAGAUAUAUUUUACAUAACAGAAGAUAAAAAAGAUCUUUACGGUGUUAAAUAA